AUGGCACCAUCUAAGAAGAUUGACUCAGCUGAAGCCAAGAAGAAGCUUGAGUCUUUUGCUCAACAAAUAACCCAAACCAACAACUCUCUGACUUUCGAAGCCCUGUGCGAGUUCGACGAGACUGCAGUAGAGGUACGUAUCGAGCAAAUGGAUCGCCUGGAGAAAAGGUUCGAUGCCCUUCACAUGCAGCUAGAGGACAACGACGCUGAUGAUCUUUUGGCCACAUUCACCAACCAUUAUAUUGAGGCGAAAACUAAGCUGACACGCCAACUGCACGCUUGCCGAGCUUCAGUGGCUCCUAGUUCUACGUCGCGGCCGUUUUCUGGAGAUCAAUCAUCGUUCAUCGUCGCUCAACCGAAGCAACGGUUACCUGUACUGCAAAUACCAAAGUUCAGCGGUAACUAUGCAGAAUGGCCCGACUUUUUCUCGAUGUUCAACACCGUGGUCCAUCAAGACGUUGAUUUGACAAGAAUCGAGAAAUUCCAACACCUUCGAUUAAAUCUACGUGAUGCCGCCCUGGAUACAAUUCGGUCGUUAGAAAUAAGUGAACCCAACUAUGAUAAGGCCAUUUGUUUAUUGAAGGCUCGGUUCAAUAAUAAACGUUUGAAUUUCCAGGCUCAUAUCAGAGAUAUUGUUCAGCUGAAGAGGGUAGAGGGUGAAAAGGUAGCCAAACUUCGUGAACUCAGCGAUGCUCUAAAUGCUCACUUGCGCGCGUUGCAGACUGUGGGAACAAAGGAGCAGAUCGCCGACUGUUUAUUAAUUCAGCUAGUUUCUCAAAAGUUGGACAUCAAGUCUCGUGCCAAAUGGGAGGAGCAAACACCUGCAAACGAAAUACCAACGUGGGAUUCGAUGGCUACAUUUUUAGAACAACGCUGUCAGCGACUGGAAAAUGUAGAAAACGCUCUUGCGACGCCGGAAAAACAG